AUGCUCUCUUCCAUGAUCAAAUCAAGCAUAAUGUCAUCAUCCAGAACUCAACUGAACGCAGCUGCGACUAAUCGACUGUCCUCGAUUCAAAGGCACUUGUCGACUUCUCAGAGUACGGCCAAAGUGGAGAGGUUGACUGUUUUCGGAGCGGGUCUGAUGGGUGCUGGGAUAGCUCAAAUUGGUGCUCAAAGUGGAUUGAAAGUCAUAUUGAGCGACGUGACAGAUAAAGCCCUUGAGAACGGUCUCAAUAUAAUCUCAAAAUCACUUACCAGAGUAGCUAAGAAGAAAUCACCUGAUGAUAUUGAAGGAUUCACUUCCAAGAUAUUACAAAAUAUAGAAACUACGACUGAUGCUGGAAAAGCAGUUCAAGAAGCUGAUUUAGUAGUUGAAGCUAUUAUCGAAUCUAUUAAAGUGAAAAGAGACUUGUUCGGUUUCUUAGACACCAAAGCCAAGGCCGAUUGUAUAUUCGCUACAAACACAUCAUCGUUAUCAGUUAAAGAAAUUGCCGAAUCAUGUGGAAAAGAAAGACGAGAAAAAUUCGCGGGAUUGCAUUUCUUCAAUCCUGUGCCAGCUAUGAAACUAGUAGAAAUCAUCAAAACUCCUGAAACAUCGAACUCGACUUAUGAAUCACUUCGUGAAGUUACUCUGAGAAUGGGUAAAUCUCCCGUAACAUGUAAUGAUACCCCUGGAUUCAUCGUAAACAGACUAUUAGUUCCGUAUUUAUUGGAAUCCAUCAGGAUGGUAGAAAGAGGUGAUGCGACUCCGGAAGACAUCGACACCGCUAUGGAGUUAGGUGCCGGUUAUCCUAUGGGUCCAUUCAAAUUACUUGAUUUCGUGGGACUUGAUACAACUUCAUAUAUAGCUCAGGGAUGGAGAGAAAAAGCAGCCGCAGGAGCCAUAUCGAAAGAGCUUGUCGAACCUAUUGGUCUCUUGGAGAAACUCGUCAAGGAAGGGAAAAUGGGUAGAAAGAGUGGACAAGGUUUCUAUAACGUGAGUGAAUUACCUAUGCUGAAGUAA